ACACACACACACACACACACACACACGCGCGCGCGCUUCCCUGCAGCAGGCUCUCUGCUUUCCAGGACCGGCUGUUUGUGGCAGAGGCACAGGGCAGGGGCUCCUGCAGCGAGAGGCCGAGCGGCUCCCAGCACAGCUCCACCGGCCCCACUCAGAGCCUGGCUGCUGGUUUGCUCCGUGGAGCGGUUCAAAGGAGAGACGCGGCACAAAUCUCCGUGCUGCCACCCACCCCUCUGGUUUCUUGUGGGGAGAAGAGGUCUCGCUUUCCAGGAAGACGGCGCACACACGACUCUGGGCUGUCGCUGGUGUCCCGGCUUUGUCCCCAGGAUGGGCCGAGAGGCUGGCUGCAGCUCAGGCCUGGCUGUGCUCCAGGUGCAGGAGGGAGGGUAAGGAGGGCCCGAGGUGAGCUCACCUGCACCUGUCACGUGGGCCUUCCCGAUGCCUCUGAGAAUGAGUGGUGAUGUCCUCUAGCAGCCUCUAGCUGGUCUUGGCUCUCCCUGGCCACAGCAGCUGACCGGGGCUGGGACUUUCUCCACAACAAGCAGACAGCACAGUGGUCAGCGAUGACUGUCCAGAAACUGGUGGCCACAGCAGUGUUGGUGGCCCUGGUCUCUCUUGUCCUCAACAACGUGGCGGCCUUCACCCCAAACUGGGUAUACCAGACGCUGGAGGACGGGCGCAAGCGGAGCGUGGGGCUGUGGAAGUCCUGCUGGCUGGCAGACAGGGCCCGGGGAGGGCCGAGCCCCGGGCCCCGGCCAGGGCAGGCAGAGGCACGGGACUGUGAUGCUCUGGGCUGGGGUUCUGAGGCGGCAGGCUUCCAGGAGGCUCGAGGCACCGUCAAACUGCAGUUUGACAUGAUGCGUGCCUGCAACCUGGUGGCCACGGCGGCGCUUGCUGUGGGGCAGCUCACCUACAUCCUGGGGCUGACAGGCCUGCCGCUGAUGUCGCCCGAUUCUCAGUGCUGGGAGGAGGCCAUGGCUGCCGCGUUCCAGCUGGCAAGUUUUGUCCUGGUCAUUGGGCUGGUGACAUUCUACAGAAUCGGCCCAUAUACCAACCUGUCCUGGUCUUGCUACCUGAACAUUGGCGCCUGCCUUCUGGCCACCCUGGCAGCUGCCAUGCUCAUCUGGAACAUUCUUCACAGGAGAGAGGACUGCAUUGCACCCCGGGUGAUUGUCAUCAGCCGCUCCCUGACUGCGCGGCUUCGCCGUGGGCUGGACAACGAGUAUGUGGAGUCACCAUGCUGAGGGCUGCUGGGGAGAAGGCUGCUCCGGCCUUGAUUAUUAUAACCCGACAGCACAGAGACCGAAGGGCUGUCGGCUGUCUGUGUGGGCGAUUCGUAUGGUUUCCUAUAUAUACAUGUACGAUACAUAGCUAUGUUUACUAUGUUAUAUAUAAAUAUAUUACGUGGUUAUAUAUUGCCUGCGCCACCCUCCUUCUGAUGUACCCAUGACUCAGCUUCACUUUUGCGCAUAUUCCAAGGAGGAGACCAGUGCCUGAGGUGUAUGGACGGCGGUGGCCAGCUCACCUUGGUCUCGGAUUAAUUUAUUCUGUAUCUGCUGAGCAGUGGGUCUUUGGUCAUAUUUACUUUGGUAAAGCAGAAUACUUGGGGAGAUUUUCUAGAACUGUCUGUGAUCUUCCUCGAGUGACUCAGAAUCUACAACCAGAAGGUUGCGGCUUUAUGACAGGAUCGUGUUAGUAAUGUCUGUUUUGCUCCUGAUUAUUUUUCUAAGUUAAAAUAAAAUGUAAACUUCUCA